CAUUUUCAAGUUACGAUUAUGAUUUCCCUGCGGCAUCAUUCUCUCAAUUUAUUGCCUACUCUGGAUGCCAGUUACAGUCGCUCGAAGCUCAAAACAUGUCGAGAGUGCUUUCGAUCCCUGCUCAGGUUUUCUCAUCUCUGCAUAGCUUCAGUAAACUUGUGUUGUUCAUGGUGGAUACGGUGGCAUAUAGAAGAGAAGAGGAGGAAUUCUUCAGAUGCCUCGCUUCGGUCGGAUCCACAGGAUCGGAUAUGUUGCUUCCAAACUUGGCCGUUUUGGAUUUGAAGAUGUAUGCAUUCUUCCCGGGUGAUUUCCAGACUAUGGAUGCAACACUCGUCACACUGAUCGACAGCCGUUGGAAUAAUCCCUCGGGAUCUGGAUUGCGUCGGGUUAUCCUCAGGUACUUCAAAGCUGGCAUUGAAAGUAAUUAUGACGAUGAAACGGCGGAGGAUGAAGGUGGACGAUCCACGAGAAAUCUCAUAGCUCUGUCCCACAUCGAUCGUCUUAAAACUUUAAAACUGGAAGGGUUAGAUAUAUCCAUCAUACUCGAAGAUGUGUACGAAAGGGUAGAGAAAGAAGUUUUCCUCUGAUUCAUAGCAUAACUUAGCAAACCCCGCAGCACCUUCAUACCGGCUAUUACAGUUGAUUUAUCUUUGCGGAUGGACGGCAUUCGAGAAGUGGAAGAACAAUGGUUUGAACGGUCACCCCGUAUGGUCAUACGUAUUCGCAUUGAGUAGCCUGUGAUGGGAUUCAUGCGCGAAGCGGUAAUACGUCAGGAAUUCGACAAGAACAGUGCUGUAUAUCUUGAUAUUUUUGCCAGCAGGAUGAUGAUAUAAAGGAUAAUAUGGUAGUGCUUCCUUUCCCUGCCGACCCUUGGCUUCCACUGCUACUCUUGAGCUCCUCAUGGAGCUCUUAAGAGUCCGUCUAAUUUCCAGGCCCGGUGCUGCGGUAGAAGAGUCCAGCGUCG